AUUGACAAAACAGAAAAUAACAGAAAAAAAGUACUCCCUCUCCCAAUUUAAUAUCUUAUCCACUAUAACUGAAUUAACCGUUUUUUGCUCUUCGUCCCCGCCAAAAUCAAAACCCAUGAUUCUUUAAUCAAUACUAAAGCAAUUCAUAGAAUGGCUGUAACCCUUGUUUACAGCCACUUCUCCAACUGCUACGCACCCGAACCACCACGAACGCCUUCAUUUAGUGACGGUUUACUCAAUUCAACAAGAACAGCAAAAUCCACCCACGAGCAUAAACCUCAACAAUCAAGAACUGCUUUAAAAUCAUCUAUAAUGAGGCCUAAUAAUAUUAAUAGUCUCAAUCUCACACGGGAGCUUACGGGUUUUGUUACUUCCGGCUCUAUGGAUAAUGCACUCUAUCUGUUUGAUAAAAUGUGCCACUCGGAUACUUAUGUAUGGAACCUUAUUAUUCGAGGGUUUUGUGAUAACGGGUUGUUUCAAGAAGCUGUUGAUUUUUAUUAUAAAAUGGUGUUUGAAGGGGUUAGUACUGAUAAGUUUACUUUUCCUUUCGUGAUUAAAGCGUGUGGGCGGUUGUUUUGGUUGACUGAAGGGCAAAAGGUUCACGCUAAGCUGAUUAAGAUCGGUUUGGAGUUGGAUAUUUAUGUUUGUAAUUGUCUUGUUGAUAUGUAUUUUAAAUUUGGAUUGAUUGAGAUAGCGGAGAAGGUGUUCGAUGAAAUGCCUAUCAGGGACUUAGUUUCUUGGAAUUCUAUGGUUAGUGGGUAUCUAUUGGUUGGUGAUCCAGUGAAGGCGUUGACGUGUUUUAGAGAAAUGUUGAAGUUUGGAAUUAAACCGGAUAGGUUUAGUGUAAUUAGUGCACUCGGUGCUUGUUCGAGUGAUGGUUGUUUGCGUGGUGGGAAGGAAAUCCACUGCCAAUUGAUUAGAAGUGGCGUUGAUUUGGACAUUAAAGUGCAGACAUCACUUAUUGAUAUGUAUGCUAAGUGCUGUGUGGUGAAUUAUGCAGAGAGGGUGUUUUAUAGAAUUGCUUGUAGAAACAUUGUGGCGUGGAAUGCUAUGAUUGGUGGGUAUGCUCUAAAUGCUCGUUUUCACGAGUCAUUUGCUUGUUUAAAAAAGUUGCAAGAGGAUGAUAACUUGAUUCCGGAUGCUGUAACAAUGAUAAAUCUGCUUCUGACUUGUUCACAUUCGGGGGCUUUAUUAGAAGGUAAAUGUAUUCAUGGUUAUGCUAUUAGGAAAUUGUUUCUUCCCCAUUUAGUAUUGGAAACUGCUCUUGUUGACAUGUAUGGAAAAUGCGCGGAAUUGGAAUUAGCAAAACGCAUGUUUUGUAGCAUAAAUGACAAGAAUUUGGUGUCGUGGAACACGAUGAUUGCUGCUUAUGUACAGAACGGGUGGCAUAGGGAAGCUUUGGAGUUGUUCAAUUGUCUUAGGAAGGAGACGCUCAAACUAGAUGCUGUAACAAUUGCAAGCAUUUUACCUGCUUUUGCGGAAUUAGGUUCCAUGAGUGAGUGCAAACUGAUACAUUGUUACAUCAUAAAAGUAGAUCUCAGUUCGAAUAUUAUCGUCUCAAAUGCAAUCAUUUACAUGUAUGCGAGAUGUGGGGAUCUUAAGACUGCCAGACAAUUGUUUGAUGGAAUCUUGUAUAAGAAUCUAGUUUCUUGGAACACAAUGAUAAUGGCGUAUGGAAUUCAUGGAUUCGGAACAACAUCCAUUCAGUUGUUUAUGGAAAUGAGAGAAAAUGGCAUCAAACCCAACGAAAGCACUUUCGUUUCCCUGUUAUCAUCAUGCAGCAUCUGUGGUCUGAUUAAUGAAGGGUGGGAGUUCUUCAAAUCUAUGAAAAUUGACUACAAAAUUGAACCUGCAAUAGAGCAUUACGGUUGUAUGCUAGAUCUUCUUGGUCGCGUGGGAAAUCUAGACGCAGCGAUGAAGUUCAUCGACGAGAUGCCUUUGGUCCCAACCGCCAGAAUAUGGGGUUCUUUACUAACCGCAAGUAGGAACAAUAAUAACAUAGCCUUAGCUGAACUUGCAGCUAAGGAAAUAUUGUCCUUGGAACAUGAUAAUACCGGCUGCUAUGUCUUGCUUUCAAACAUGUAUGCAGAAGCCGGAAGAUGGAAAGACGUAGAAAAGAUUAAAUUUCUUAUGAAUGAAAAAGGCGUAACGAAGACGAUUAGUUGCUCUAUGGUUGAGACAAAUGGUAAAAUUCAAAGGUUCAUCAAUCAAGACAAGUCUCACUGCAAAAUAAACAUGAUUUAUAAUGUGCUGGAUAUUAUCAUGAAUAAGAUUGGAGAAGAUGCUUAUGUCCAUUCUGUAAGCAAGUUCAUUCCGGCAGAUUUGAUCAGAAAAAGAAGAAAUUUGCCGGUAAAUCACAGCGUAAGACUCGCUAUCUGCUUCGGGUUAAUAUCGACAGAAGUUGGAAAACCUGUAAGCAUUAGAAAGAACACUAGAAUAUGUGAGGAUUGUCACAGGAUUGCAAAGAAAAUAUCAUUAGUCUCUAAAAGAGAAAUUAUAGUAAGAGAUUCAAAAAUAUUUCACCAUUUUCAGGAUGGGAGAUGCUCAUGUGCUGAUUAUUGGUGAAUUUAGUAGUUUCGGUUGCUCUAUAAAAAGGUGUUUUAUACAAGCAUGGUGAAUCAAAGCCUAUUUGUGUAUAUAUACCUCUUAAUUGCUGUAAAUUGCAUAAUAUCAAUUAAAAUUCACUGGAAA